GUAUAGUAUUGUCAGUUGUUGGAGAAUCGUGCUGCAGAGAGCAAGUGAGCGAGUUUAAACGCUAGUAUUAUUAUUAUUCGUGUUAUUAAUUAUUAUUUAAUUUUAAACACUAUUAUUUGUUUUUAUUUCAUUUGUCGAACGAAACACGAAAAUAAAAAUUAACUGAAAAAAACUCACGAAAAAUAUAAAAAAUCAAUUAAAAUAAAAAAUUACAAAAAAGGUUGUCAAACAAAGAAGGAAAGAAGCAACAAACAACAAAACACCGUAAAAGAGGCUGCUGCAUAAACUGAGUAAAAAAAGAAAUAAAGUUGCUGAACUUGAACUUGUUUUGGCCGACUUAUUCUCUUAUCCAGAGAAAAGCUAAAGUAGCACGUUGUUAAGACCCCCUUUCCCACACCAUUUUAGUACUGUUUACAUGCAUGUAAGCCUUUACAACUAUAAAUCCCAACAACAAAUCGCGCAAAAAGAACAAUUUUAACAAUAACUUUAAAAAUAAAAUAUAAUACAAAAUGGAGGCUUUGGGUGAUUUACUAGAACCUUACAGUGAGGAAAUUGCCAAAUUUGCCGGUACCGUUACAUGUUUGCAGUUUUUAUCCGGUAUUGUUCUGUUGAACGAUAUACGCCAAAAGGGCAGUAGUGAUGCUUAUCCACCAGAACCAUUUUUGGGUGGUAUUGUUUUAACAAUUUUAAGUUUAAAAUUAGGUACCUUGAUGGGCGAUCAGACCAUGAUUAAAGUAAAUGUCAUUGGCUUUGCUAUAAACGUUGUCUUUAUGAUGGCCUUCUAUUGGUACGCCUCGGGACCGUUUAAAUCAAAAAUAUGGUCAAAAAUUGGUAUAUGUGCCACCUUUACAAUGGCCUGCUUAGCCUAUUCGAAUUUCGAAGAUCCUGCUAAAAUUGAAUUCCGUUUUGGCAUGUUAAUUACUGCCAUAUUGGUGAUUUUAGUCGGUAUGCCCUUAUUAAGUCUCGGAGAAAUAAUUGAAAAGAAAAGUACAGAAGGUUUGCCAUUUCCCAUAAUAUUGGCUGGUACCGUUGUGGCAGCUUCCUGGGCAGCAUAUGGUAUUUCCAUAAGAAAUGAAGUUGUAGUGUAUCAAAAUCUUUUCCUUUUGCUGCUAAGUGCUAUACAGCUAUCUCUAUUCGCCAUUUAUCCCAGCAAUCCAACGAAUGUUGUGAAAACAGCUUCAUCUACAGAACCUAAAUAUUCCAAGUUAAAAUCUGAUAGUCCCUCCAAAUCACCAAAGAAUAAAAAACGUGAUUAAAAUGUUGACUCAUAACUGAAACAUCCUUAAUACUGGUAAUGCUUUUUGGCUUAUAUUAAAAAAAAAAAACAGACAGAGUUCAAGCUUUUUUUUGGCACAAUUUUUUGCAUGCCAUUUUAUAAAUCAAAAUAUAAAGUAUAUAAUAUACGUAAACGUGCAAAAUAAUUUUCGACAAUAAUAAAAAUCUUCCAAUAUAAAUAAACUUACUUGUAUAUUUUUUAAAAAUAAAAUUAACUCAAAUUUAUACAUUUAGCAUAAUUAAAAAUAUUGUUAUUUAGUAAAUUAGUAGUAGUUUAUUAUUUUAUACUAAAAAUUGAAAUUGUAAAAAUAUAAUUAUGUUAUUGAAUAAUAAAUUUAACCAAAAACUACUAAUUAAAUUUAAGAUCAGCAAGACAUUUGUUAAACUAAACACAUUAUUAAGAGCUUAAUAAAGAAUUUUGUUUUUUAA